AUGCGUCGCCACUUACCGACCGCUGUGCGUGCGCACUUUAGUCAGUACAAGAGUGCUAAGACCUUGUACGACGCUAUAGUUGCACGCUACUCUUCCCCUGCCGCUGCUGCCCUUAGCCACCUCAUACUGCCGUACCUGUUCCAUGACCUCGCCGCUUUUCCCACAGUCACUGACCUCAUUACGCACCUUCGCACUAGUGAUACUCGCUACCGCGCUGCGCUUCCUGCUGAGGGUAUUCCGCCUCCCCCCUCUUGCCCUCUGUUGCCUUUGCUACUGCGGCCGACCUCGUUGGCCUCGAUUCGGUCGGAGCUGCGCCUGCCCCUAGCGGGAGACAUCGCACCGGCAAGGGCAAGGGGGGCAAGGGCGCUGGAGGAGCUGGCGGGGGCGGCGGAGGUGGAGGGGGAGGCGGUGGAGGGAGUGGGGGUGGUGGUGGGAGUGGUGGAGGGGGUGGAGGCGUCGAUGGCAGCAGUGGAGGCGGGGGUGGCGGCGGCGGUGGCGGUGGGAGCGGAGGAGGCGGAGGAGGUGGAGGAGGCGGAGGUGGCGGCGGCGGCAGUGGAGCUGGUCGCGUCUCUACGCAAAGAGGUGGCCUCGGUGGUGGACAGCGCCUGCAGCAGCAGCGCACUCGUGAGACCCCUUCCCUCCAGCAGCUUCGUGAGUGGUACGCUAGGCGUGAGCGGGGUGGGGGUGCUAGCCCCUCGCUGCUUCGGCCGCCUGACGGACGCUUGGCGCCACCAGUUCCCUGACGCCACUGAGAUCACUCGCUGGGGCGAGCUGUCUAGGGCGGGAGUAGCUAUCUUUGAUCUUGACUAUGAUGCUAUUCUUGCUGCUAUGUAUGCUGUUUCUACUAGUGAUGAGGGUGACUGUUACCCGUGUGUUCCGUCUGACCUGGGCAUUGAGGCUGCUGCUCUAGGUGCUGGUGAGGCUGCUACGCUAGGUACUAGUGAGUCUGCUCCCUUAGGUGCUGGUGAGUCUGCGCUCUCAGGUACCACGUCGGCUCAGGCCUCCCACACCUUCACCCUUGACUCGGGUGCUUCCCGCUCCUUCUUUCGAGACCGCACCACACUCACGCCGCUUAGUCGGCCAAAUGCGGUCUCCCUGGCAGACCCCUCUGGUGGUCCUGUCCUUGCCCACUUCUCUACUGUCUUACCAGUCCUCUCUUCCUUCUCUUUCUGA